AUGUCGGUUAGUGAAAUAGUAAAAUCAGUGGGCGAUUCAUGGAUUAUAUGUCGCUCUAAAACAUAUUCAGGUCGCAUUUAUUAUUUUAAUACUUUUAGUGGUAAAGCAGUAUGGAAUUUAAGUGAGCCUGAGAUGGAGAAAGCAAAAAAGAUGACAAAAGUUUUAGAAAAUCAGCCACACUUUUUCAAUGACAAUUGUCCAGAACCUUCAGAAUCUCCACAAGAUAAUCAAAUUGUACAAUCUACAAGUAAACAAGAACAACCAAGCAGUAAAAUUAUCCCUUCAAAUGUUUAUAAUGAACAAAUAAUUAAUAAUAGAUUCCCCAAACUUAACUCUAUACAAUUUACUCCCUACAAUCAAUUAACUCCUGUACAAUUUAAUAUACCUGUUACCCCUUUUUAUUCUGGAAUAGGGAAUGUUACCGCUCAACCCAUAAUUGUUAAUCCUGCUAAUGUCAACCAAUCCCACCCUGUGAUUAAUAAUUUUGGUUAUGUUCCAACGAAAACAUCUAUACCUUUGUCUAAUCGUUUUAAAAGUCUUAGUGAAGAACAUACUCAAUCAAAUAUAUUGCAAACAAAGGCUUUUUACAGUAAAAGUAACACAAAUGGCUAUACUAGAAAAACCAGACAUGGAUUCUCAAAAAAAUAUUUUCAUAGAAAUAAAAAUAAUCCUGCUCAUAAUAAUGACUUAAGAAUGCUGUUGACAUCCAAAAGAAGGAGUUUUACCAAAAAAGAAAUUGAAGGUUGUACAAUUGAACAUUAUGAAGAAAAGUCAGGUAGCAGUUUACAUGUGCCAUAUAAUUUAAGGAGUAAUGUAAUGGAUGACAAUGAUGAUGAUUAUUGGUUAGAAGAAAAUAUGCAUUAUCAAACAUCUAUGGAGGCAAUCAAUACAACUUUGAGAAAUAUCUUACAAGUGAAUAAUUUUGAACCUUGGUAUAUUGUAACAGAUUCUAAUGUCUUCUUAAACCACGUUAAUUUCAUCAAUUUUUUAAUGAAAUCUGAUACUAAAUGUCGGUUAUUGAUACCACGAAUAGUAAUGAACAAAUUACAAAAUGCUACAAAUUCACGUCUUCGUACUCAAGCACAUAGAGCUGCUUAUUUUAUAUCUCAGAAAGUUGACAACAAUUAUGCCAUUAUAGAUGAUGGUGACACAAAUGAAAAUGUUAAUUAUAAAGAUGCUAUCCUCAAGUGUUGUUUAAAAUUGAUAGAACAAGGCAAUCGUGUUGUGCUUUUAACUGAUGAUAUAGAAUUACACAGUUGUGAAAGCAGCAUCUCAAUAUAUACAGUAAUGGAAGUUAAAAGAAUGUUAAAUAAUCCUACACUACAUGAAAUAAUACCUAAGAGCCCUGAAAAUUUAUCAUCGAAAGCAAAUCGAAAUAUAAAAAUUACUAUUCCAAAUGAUAAUAGUACAAUUAACUUGAAAGAAACUGAAACUAUAGAUGUAAACGCCGGUAUAGAAGAUAACAGUGUGUUCUUUCAAACAGAAGCAUUGCCUAGUGUAUGUAAAGGAUUAACAAAUGCAUGCUUAAAAAAUAUUUCAAAUGAACAAAAUCUAUUAAUUGAAAAGGAAAUUGAUGAUGUUGGAGUACACACAGAUUCAAUAGAACUUGAUACUAGAGAGGAAAAUCCUAACAUAAACACAUGGCAAGAUGUUGCGAACCAAACCAGUUGUAAUACUGAAUUUAAUAAAAAAAAAGGAAUCAAGUUAAAACGUCAGUCAUCAUUUGAUAUUGCUUCGAAAUCCAAUAAUAGUACAAAGAAACAAUUCAAAUGGCGUAAGAGACGAACAAAAUCUAGUUUGUCGAUGGUUUCCGAAACUUCUGUAACUGAAGAUGAUCAAACUAUUGAUGAUAUCAUUAACAAAGAAACAGAAUCUAAUGCUAAUAAAUUAUCACCUAACUUCUUUCGUUGUACUGAAUCUAUGGGAUCCAUUUUUUAUGGCAACAAUCAAAAUGAUAGUGAAACGAGCAGCUUCGUAAAUAGGAAUGUACCUGAGAAUUUUAAUGUAAAAAGAACACCAACAGUAAUUCCAAAUAAUGAAAAUACUAAAGAGAUAGUUUCAGAAAGCAAAAAGUACGAAGAUGUUAAUGACGAUGGUCAUGUCAUGUUUGUUGUUACAAGUCAAGCUAUGGAAAAUAAUUUGAAAAUAAAAUGCGACGAAUGGAUAUCUCGAUUCGUUCAAAUAAUGGAGGAAGUUUUAACUCAAGUGUUGCAAAUAGAUCCGCCAUAUGUUCUAGACACUAUGCCUCCGCCAUGGAAUAUAUAUGAAGCAGUAGAAUGUGUGAAACGAAAAUUUAGCAAUAUUAACGACGUAAUUGACGCUGCUACCAAAUUAUCUGAUGUUCUAUUUGAAAUUGGUGGUUUAAGAGGUAAAAUUAAAGCUGAUAUAAGUCCGAAUAAAUAUAUGGAAAUGUAUAGCUAUGGAGUGUACUUAAUUGAUACAUUGCAGGGUUCUUUGAGCAAUGUUGAAGAUCUACAUAUAGCAGAGCAAUCUCUAUCAAAGUUAUUACGAGAUAUUCAAGAUCCGCACUUAGAUCCGAGUAAUCAAGAUUUGUUUGGUGAUAUUAGUACAGACUGUCAGAAAUCUCAAAUUGAAGAAAGUGUUAGAAAUACAUCCAUCGAAACGGUUGAACCUAAUAUUGAUAAUAAAAAUACAAGCGGGCAAACUGAAUAUAGCAGCCCUACAACGAAAAGUUCUAACUAUACAGCCAGUCCGUCCACUAAAGUAUACCAUCUCAGGUCACAUAGAAAGAAGAAAUUAUUGCAGGAAAUGGAAGAUAUCGGUAAUGAAGUUACAUUUAUUCGAAAUAUUGACCUCGAGGCGUCUUUCUUUACCAGUUUACACCUAAAGAAAAAUCCUGUUGCAAACGAAAAUAUUGAAAUUCUAGAUACGGUUGUAGAUGAACUACCACAAAUCAAUGAAAAUGAUAUUGAAAGUUUAAAAACAGAUAACAAUUUAAUAACAAAUGAUAAUCAAAAGGAACUUUCAUCUGAAGAUAAUAAAGUUAAUAGUGAACCGAAAAUUAUCAGAAAUUUUACAAAGUGUUUUGAAUUUGAAGAGAAAUUAAAGAAUAUUCCCGAAGGGGAUUUAGAACAAGAUAAUUGGUACAGUCAAAGUGAAUCAGAUUAUGCAGUUGAUGAAGAACUAGAGAAUGAAGGUGAUGAGUUUUUCUAUGAGAAUCAUUACGAUGAUUAUGAAUAUAAUGAUCAAAUGUAUGAUAGUAAUAAUGAUGAUAACGAAUCGGGGGCCGUUAAUGAUUUGCAAUGUGAAAAUAACGAGAAUUUAGAAAAGAAGGAUGUCAACUUCAAAUUUACUAUGGGAAAAAUAGAGGAUAACAUUAAAAAAACGUUUUUAGCUAUUCAUGGGUUUUGUGUAAAAUCCUGUGAAACAUUAAGUUCUUCAGAUGACAGCGUACAAAAGACAAACAUACAAGAACUAGCUGAAAAAACAUUUUCACAUGUAAAUAGCUUAUGCGAUGCACUAAGUAGUAUUUUAAGCAGAGAAACAAGCGACUGCUUGUACAGAAUACAAGAACUUUUGAGAAUGGACAAUAUAAACGAAAAUGUAAUACAUGACCUGGAUCUUGAGGGAUACAGGAAUUUCAUCAGGAAAUGUUUGGAAAAAGGAACGAUUUUAAAGGAUUCCGUCAAAUUAGUGAUAGAAGCAAGUAAAGAA